AUGACAAUGAACUACAAAAAUGAACUACAAAUGUUGCAUGCGGAUACUACCUUAUUGACCAAGAUCAAAAUCUUUAUCAACGAUCUCAUGACUUUUGGCAAUUCUGAAUCAGCCCAAGCUCGCCUGCAUAAAGAUCCAAUGGCUAAAUUUUUCUUUUCAAAGAUAUAUUUUAAUGAAGAUGAGAUUGAACGACUUCUUGAUUUUCCAACAUCGGAAGGACCUUCUGUCUUUAAGACUCUUGAAGCAAUGAUGUCCUGUAAAACUCGGUCACGCAACUACGAGUUAUGUGCGUCGCAUGACUUGGCCCCCCUCUUACAGCAAGCAUAUGGUGUACAAAAACGCUUUACAGAGGAAAAAGUUUUUAAAUUGGCGUUGAAAAAGUUUGAGAAGGAUUGGAGGAAAAGAUCUCGUUGGCCAAAAAGGAGUUUACUAAAAAAUAUGUUAAAUCACUUCGCCGUUCUAUAA